UUUCUCUACAUUCUAAUUUUCAUCGAUUUAUUCUUUCCAUCACUUCCUGGUGUCGCUCUAUAUGUGAGUUUUCAAUGUCCAGUGACUUUCCCCGUGACUGCCUGGAGAGGCUGCUCUUUCCUCCCCUGACUGCUCGGAGAGGCAGACUGCUCUUUUCUCGCCCCUCCACCCUGUUUAUGUCUCUGUUCCAAGCUAUUAGUUAAGUAGACUCCUCUGCGUCGCCAGCGCUUCAGACGCGAACCAUAGAAAGGCAAUCGGGGUGUGGACCCCUGGUGAACUUGCCAGACGAUUGCAUAACACGACCCUACAAGGACAUCAAACACCUCCAACUUGCCGCCCAGGAGGUUUUAGACGGACUUGCUCGCAACCACGGGGGGAACCAAUUCAUUGUGUUGCUUAAUGUUCCGGCUGAUGCAGCUGAAAGGUUCGAAACGGACAAGGCUGUUCUGGGGGGGAUACAGUUCAGAACCAUACGGGACGGGAAUGCCAUGCUCAUCAAAAUUGUGCCAUCGGGGCACCAUGGUUACCCGACGUCAAAUAUGCGGUCGAUGAUUCCUGAUAGUAUCAGUCGGAUGGGCUACUCGUGGGAUGAAUACCAAUGGGGCUCUACUACGACACACGAGAAGACUGUGUCUAGUAAAUCAAAAAUGCCUGAUGGGUGUCUAUAUUCACCGUCACGACGCCCUGAGCAUGGAGCACCUCAUCCUUGACCGAGCUUGGUUCUUGAAAC